AUGGCUGCCAAAAAGAAGCCCGCGAAAUCACCAAAACAAAAUGGAACCGAAAGUUUCCCGGGGCUCAAGAGUCCCGGGACAUCUGCAUCUCAGAUACAAUACCACGAGUUGCAGCAAAAUGAAGUGAUGGUGUUACAAGCCAUUUAUGGCGAGGAUUUCAUUGAGCAUAGCACUGCCCCUAGUGCGUGGCAUAAAUCUGAACCAUCCUUCGACAUCAGGAUCAAAGCUUCGUCGGAUGACGAAGUUGCGUUGACACUUGGGGUUGUCCUCGUUGCAACCUACCCAAAGUCUCCUCCUCUGUUGACCAUCAAGGAUGACAGCGACUUGCGAGAAUCGACCAAGUAUAAGAUCCAAAAGUUCAUCGAGACGCGGCCAAUAGUUUGGGCUACCGAGGAACAGGAGAUGAUUGACCGCAUCGUCGAGGGCAUCCGUGAGAUUCUGGAAAUCGCUGCCGCCAAAAAAGCCCAGGGGCUGGAACUGCCAUCCCUAGAGGAAGAGCGAGCCGCCCACGAAGCUGAGCUGGCGAAGCAAGCCAGGGACGAAAAGGAGCUGGAGGAUCGUAAGAAACUCGAAGAGACCAGAGAAGAGGAGCGGGUGUUGGGUGACAUGGUCCAGGAAGAGAUCAAGCGGCAAAGAAACAAAGCGAAAGAGUCGAGGAAGAAGAACAGGAGUCAACAACUGUCACCUGGCCGUGUUGCAGAGGAUCCUGCUGAUACCGACGUCGCUCUUGUUCUUGACCAACCGUGCAAGUUGACUGACAGGUCAGGCAACGCACUGUACUUUCAAACAGUCAUUGGAAAGGUGGUGUAUCGUGAAGGCCCGGUAACCACCGUCUACAAGGUCAAGCCGGUUCUCUCGGCGAAAAAUCUACGUCCCAGCCUAGCUUUCAAGCAGGUCGAGCUCAAGUAUCAUGGGAAAGACUCGGCCCACCUCAAGAAGCAGCUUCAGUCUUUGGAGAUGCAAUUGGAGUCUCUCAAGAAACUACGCCAUCAAAACCUUCUUGAGCUCCUUGAUUUCAAAAUCGACCGCUCCGUCAGCGAGACGGACUCGUCGUCUCCAGCCGUGUGGACCAUCAGUGUCCUGACGCUUCUCAGCGACAAAGGCCCUGUGGAUGAACUCUUGAGUCUUGCUGGUCAAAUCGACAUCAGCAAAGCCAAGAUAUGGACGACAGACCUGCUAGAAGCGAUUGCAUUUUUACAUAACAACGGAAUCGUCCAUCAGGACAUUCAUCCCGGGAACAUCCUCCUCUGCAGGGAGCCAGCCGGUGACGUUGUCCCAAAGCUGGCCGAUGCCGGUUACCAGAGAGAGCUGCACAACAUGUGCACCAAGGUAGCCAGCCUAACCGCCAUGCGGACCGCAAAGUCAGCCUAUUGGUUCCCGUCCGAGAUUGCAGGUGUGUCGAAACCUCAGUACACCCAGAAGACAGAUGUCUGGGAUUUUGGCAUAGUCGUGUUGCAGAUGCUCUUCGGCUUAGACGUGCCCGAAAAGUACCACUCUCCGUCAGCCUUGAUGGAGUCCCUUUCGCUCUCAGGACCGCUCGAGGAACUGGUGACAAAGUUCUUCAAGUCGGACCCCAAGAAGCGGCCGCGGGCGUUUGAACUGUCCUCAAGCGAAUUCUUAGCAACCAAUGCCCCUAUCCUGGAAGAAGACGAUUCCGCUGUUAUUGGUGGCUCCAUGAUCUCUCUCUCCCAGGGAUUGCCGCGGAGGUUGCGCCAUGAUUCGAUGAACCGCGGGGCUGUGACUUCGAGAUAUCUGCAAGAUUAUGUAGAGGAGGCUCGGCUAGGCAAAGGUGGUUUCGGAGAAGUAGUAAGAGCCCGCAAGAUGAUUGAUGGCCGGCUUUAUGCGAUCAAGAAGAUUACGCAGAGGUCUCAGGAGACACUGUCCGAAAUGCUCAAGGAAGUCAGGCUUCUCUCCCAGAUGAACCACCCUGCCGUCGUCCGAUAUUACAACACCUGGCUCGAGGAAAUUCCGGACUACUCCGACACGGAUGGGGAUACAGCAACAGACGGCCCGGGUACUUCGAGGGAUACGAUAUCACGGAGUAUUAACAUUGAAUUUGCCGAGAGCAAAAGCAGAGGCUUGGACUUCAUGUCAUCGAGCGGCCACCCAUACAUAGAAUUUGGCGAUGGCUCAGCGGUUGACGAUGAUGACGACGACGACGAAUAUGAGGAUGAUGAAGACGAAGGGUCAUCAUCCGAUGAGGAUACAUCGACUUUGAACAGCAAGGUUCCGAUGAAAGACCACCUCGUCGUUCCUGGCAAACGUACGAGGAGAGGAAGUUCCCGCCCGUUUCGCACCAUCAUGUACAUUUCUAUGGAAUACUGCGAGAAGCGAGAAAGCCAGGAAAUUUGGCGUCUCUUUCGUCAGAUUCUCGAAGGCCUUGCUCACAUACACAGUCUCAACAUUGUCCAUCGCGACCUCAAACCCGAGAACGUGUUUAUCAGCGCCGGCCCAGAUGGCGUUGAAAAUGUCAAGAUAGGAGAUUUUGGCCUGGCCACCAGCGGGCAGCUUGCUAUGGACAAGACUGCUUCCAAUGCGGAUGCCAGCGAUAUGACUCGGAGCAUCGGAACUGCCGUUUACGUUGCACCAGAAGUAAGAACAGGGGGCAGUGGCUCGUACACUGCCAAAGUGGAUAUGUACUCACUCGGCGUCAUCUUCUUCGAAAUGUCAUACCCCCCCAUGCUCGGGAUGCAGCGUGCUCUGGUCCUUGAGCAAGUCCGGCGGAAUCCACCAGCUCUGCCGUCGGAUUUCAAACCCACCGACAAGAACCACACCGAAGUCUUGUUGUCUCUUUUGACCCACAAUCCGAAAGAGCGACCUUCUAGUAUCGAGCUGCUCAAGAGCGGGAAAAUGCCAGUCCAGAUGGAGAGCGAGGCGAUACGGCGCGCCAUCGCGGGCAUGGCCGACCCGACGUCACCGUAUUUCCAAAAGAUGCUCGAGACGUUGUUUGCUCGGCAGAUCGAACAGGCGAAAGACUACGCGUGGGAUAUGUCCUCGUCGAUCCCCAGUCCCGCAGACCUGAUGCGCCGAUACAUCGUGAAAGAGACCCUGAUAUCCAUCUUCCGGCGGCACGGUGCCGUGGAGGCUCCAACGUCCACGCUUUAUCCUCGGUCAUCACACUACGGUCAAAACGCCGUGCAUUUGCUUGACAAAAACGGCACGGUGCUUCAGCUCCCUUUUGAUUUGGUGAUGGGACAUGCUCGUUCCCUCGCGAGGAUUACGAACGGCACAGUGCCGAUGCGUUCGUAUUCCUUUGGGAACAUUUUCCGUGACCGCCAUGACGGUGGGCAGCCGGACGUCUAUGGAGAGGUCGACUUUGACAUUGUCACCACCGACGCCCUGGACCUUGCCUUGAAAGAGGCGGAGGUCAUCAAGGUCCUGGACGAGAUUGUCACUGCCUUUCCCACCACGUCAUCGACCCCGGUCUGCUUCCAGCUUGGCCACUCGGAUCUUUUACAUCUGAUCUUUGAGUUUUGCGGCGUGGAGCCUGGGGCAAGGCAUGCUGCUGCCGAGGUUCUCAGCAAACUCAACAUUCGGAAUUUCACGUGGCCUAAGGUUCGCAGCGAGCUCAGAUCGCCUCUGGUAGGGAUGUCAGCUACCAGUGUCGAUGAGCUACAGAGCUUUGACUUCAGAGACACCCCCAGCAAGGCCAUUUCUAAGUUGAGGGUCCUCUUCGACGGGACCGAAUACAGCGAGAAAGUAUCGUCCACGCUGGCCCACCUGAGGGAAGUGUAUGACUACACCAAGAAAUUUGGCUUGAGCGGCAAGGUCUACAUCGCACCGCUGAGCAGCAUCAACGAGACAUUCUUUCGUGGGGGGAUUCUCUUUGCUUGCCUAUACGACAAAAAGGUCAAGGACGUCUUCGCUGCCGGCGGCCGCUACGACGGCUUGAUUAAGGAGCACCGUCCCAAGAUCGGGAGCCGGUUCGAAGAGCGUCACGCGGUGGGUUUCAGUCUCAACUGGGAAAAGCAGCUUGCGAAACAAGUCCCCAAGACCACGGGCAAGGCGUUUCUCAAAAAGGCGGUCGACGAGGAAGCCCACGGAAUCUUCAGCGCAAAACGGGUGAGCCUCACAACCUCCCUCCCCUCUAAUCAUGGAGACAAUCAGCUCAAGAUCAAAACGAUGGGCCGCAAAGACGCCUCCGACGCCGACAUCUCGGCAAAGGAGCUCCUGAACUGGCUGAAGUCCGAAAUCCGUGACCGCGAUUCCCGCUCGGGGACGCGACUCCGCACGACUGGCCUACCGCACUCCGACUCCGGCGGCGCGCUCCCGACCACGGCCACGGCAGAGCACGGCCCGCAGGAAGUGCACGUGCUGGUGGCGCAGACCAAGUCCAAGAAGUUCAACCGGCACGCGGUGGUGGAGCAGGCGCACGCGAGCGCGUCGCGGCUGGUGCAGACGUUCCUGGACGGGCCGGUGGCGGCCAUCGAGACGUCGGACGCGGUGGUGGACUUGAUCCGCGGCACCAGCCUGUCGGACCCGGAGAGCUGGCGGCGCGUCGAGCACGGCGUGGGCACGGCCGAGAAAAAGUACGUGCGCGAGCUCCACGACAUGCUCCUCCAGUGGCGCUGGGCUUGGGAGGCCCGCAAGGAGGGCAGCGCCCCCAACGCCUUUGUCUACAACUUCCGCACCGGCAAGUGUGUCUACUACGACCUGGGGGCCUAG